AUGAAUUCCUGGAGGGGAAGAGCAUUGUCUAAGGCCGGGAAGGAGGUUAUGAUAAAAUCUGUGCUUCAAGCCAUUCCAUCAUAUGUUAUGAGUAUGUUUAUCCUUCCUACCUCACUCAUUGACGAUAUUGAGAAAAUGUUGAAUGCCUUUUGGUGGGGAGGCGGAGGUAACAACAAUAAAGGGAUCCACUGGUUAGCUUGGGACAGACUUGCAUGCCCUAAGGCGAAGGGUGGUUUAGGCUUUUGUAAUUUUGAAGCGUUCAAUAUGGCUAUGGUGGCUAAACAAGCAUGGAACAUCAUUCAAAAUUUGGACUCGUUGGCGGCUAAACUAGUUAAAGCAAGGUACUUCCCACACUCAUCGUUACUCGAAGCAUCUUUGGGUUAUAAUCCUAGCUUUGCGUGGCGAAGUAUUUGGAAGGCUAGACAAAUUCUUUUAUGUGGGUGUAGGUGGCGGAUUGGUAGUGGCGACAGAAUCCGUGUUAUGUAUGAUCCAUGGCUGCGUGGAAAGGGUGAUCGCUGGGUGUCCUCACCUCAAGUGGAAGAUGUGUAUCAUUUAGUUGUUAAAGACUUGUUACUUGAGAACUAUAAAGCGUGGGAUAUAGCUACGAUUCGUAACUUGUUUACAGGCCAGGUAGUGGACGAGAUUAUUGCAACCCCUCUUAUUAGUUCGAGUAAAGAGGAUAACGUGGUUUGGGAGGAGGAAAGGAAUGGAUGCUAUUCAGUUAAAUCUGGUUACAAUCUAGCCAUGAGAUGUAUUAUCCGAAGCGAUAGACACCAUGUAGAGGGCAAUUGGAAUGAUAUUUGGAAAGCUCAAUCUCCUCACAAAACGCGUCACUUACUAUGGAGGUUGUGUAGGGGGUGUCUACCAACGCGAACCCGCUUGAGACAACGUAAUGUACAAUGUGAGCUAAGCUGUCCUGUGUGCAAUGUUGAGGUCGAAGAUGAUAUUCAUGUGUUUUUUGGAUGCGUAGCAACUCGCGAAUGUUGGUCAGUCGCAGGCCUGUCACAGGUGCUGCAUAAUACAGCUUACCAGUAUGGGGCUGUCGUAGAAAGGGUAUUUCGAAUGUGCAGAAAUGAGGACAGUGCAAUGAUAGUGUUGGAGUAA